AUGUUCACUCUCAGGACCUGCCUGAAGGCGCAACCUUCCACCCGAGUCCAAGGUGCAAAAGAACAAGAAGCUACACGCGGCGCGGAUGCGCUCACAGCGCCCUCGCGUGCAGAGCUGGGGAACCCGCACGGGCGUCGGCCCCGCCCCCCCAGCGCCCGCGCCUGCGCAGAGGCGACGCCCCCGAAGUUUCGCUGUUGUGACCGAGCAAUCUUUAGCCAGAAAAACAAGCAGGUGCCUGACCCGUUGGACACGAGACGCUGGCAGGGCUUCCGGCUGGAGGAGUAUCUGAUAGGGCAGUCCAUUGGCAAGGGCUGCAGCGCUGCUGUGUAUGAGGCCACCACGCCCACCCUGCCCCAGAACCUGGAGGUGGCAAAGAGCAUCGGGCUUCUUCCAGAGAGAAGCCCAGACACCAUUCCACGGGAAGAGGAGUGUGUACCAGGUGCCCCAGCCUACCCCUUAGCCAUCAAGAUGAUGUGGAACAUCUCGGCGGGCUCUUCCAGUGAAGCCAUCUUGAGUAGAAUGAGCCAGGAGCUCGUCCCAGCUAGCCAAGUGGCCCUAGCCGGGGAGUAUGGAGCAGUCACUUGCAGAAAAUCCAAGGGCGGUCCCAAGCAACUAGCCCCUCACCCCAACAUCAUCCGGGUUUUCCGUGCCUUCACCUCAUCUGUGCCACUGCUGCCAGGGGCCCUGGUCGACUACCCUGAUGUGUUGCCCCCACGUCUCCACCCUGAAGGCCUGGGUCAUGGCCGGACGCUGUUCCUCGUUAUGAAGAACUAUCCCUGCACCCUGCGCCAGUACUUGCACAUGAACACACCCAGUCCCCGCCUGGCCACCAUGAUGGUCCUGCAGUUACUAGAAGGUGUGGACCAUCUGGUUCAACAGGGCAUCGCACACAGAGACUUGAAAUCUGACAACAUCCUUGUGGAGCUGGAUGCAGAUGGCUGCCCCUGGCUGGUGAUCACAGAUUUCGGCUGCUGCCUGGCUGAUGAGCGCAUUGGCCUGCAGUUGCCUUUUACCAGCUGGUACGUGGAUCUGGGCGGAAACAGCUGCCUGAUGGCUCCUGAGGUGUCCACAGCCCGUCCUGGCCCCAGGGCAGUGAUUGACUACAGCAAGGCUGAUGCCUGGGCCGUGGGAGCAAUCGCCUACGAAAUCUUUGGGCUCACCAAUCCCUUUUACGGCCAGGGCAAGGCCCACCUUGAAAGCCGCAGCUACCAAGAGGCUCAGCUCCCUGCACUGCCUGAGUCGGUGCCUCUAGACACGAGACAGCUGGUGAGGUCACUGCUCCAGCGAGAGGCUGGCAAGAGACCAUCCGCUCGUGUAGCUGCAAAUGUGCUUCAUCUGAGCCUCUGGGGUGAACACAUCCUAGCCCUGAAGAAUCUGAAGUUAGACAAGAUGACUGGCUGGCUCCUCCAACAUUCGGCUGUCACUCUGUUGGCCGACAGGCUCACAGAGAAGAGUUGUGUGGAGACGAAAAUGAAGAUGCUCUUUCUGGCUAACCUGGAGUGUGAAGCGCUUUGCCAGGCUGCCCUCCUCCUUGGCUCAUGGAGGGCAGCCCCAUGAUGGCUGUGCAUGGGGCUGGUGAAUUACUAAAAGAACAUAGCAGCAUUUGUGUUGUGAUAAUCUGUGAAUGUUGAGGGGGGUGUCGUAGGUGUGAGAGGUGGGGGCCAGGAGGCAAGAUGGCACAGAGAGGGCUGGUCAGCCAGAGAAGGCUUCAGGCUGGCAGGUGGAAGAACUUGAGUCAGAGUUCACGGUCUGCAGUUACUAACUUUAGCUGUGAGAUUUGGGAAGACUCCUAUCACCUGUGUGGACUUGAGUUCUCUUACCUGUAAAAUGCAGAACUUGGUCUAAGUCAGGAGCUGGCCAACUUCUGUAGAGGACCAGGUAGUAGAUACUUUGAAGUUGUCACAACUACUCAACUCUGUCACGGCACAAAAGCAGCCUUAAAUCUGUAUACAAACAAGCACGGCUGUGUUCCAGCAGAGCUUUAUUUAUGGACACUGAAAUGCUAUUUACGUGUGGCACUAAAUAGAUUUUUACUGUUUUUUUUUAACUAUUUAAAAAUGCAAAAAACAUUUUUGGCUUGCAGGCCAUCCAAAGACAAGUGGCAGGCCAGAUUGGCCCAUGGGCCAGUUUGCCAAUCCUUGGUCUAGAUAAAUUCAAAGGCCUAAGUCUAAAAAAAAUGCUGACUGAUCACUAGGUCCAUUUGUGUAUCAGUGCUAAAAAUAAUGUGAUAAGAUUAUCCCUUUGUACAAAUCCAAAGGAACACAUUCUCUGAGCAGGCAAGAAGGUAACUCAGGUGUGACUGCUGACCAGAAAGCGCCAUCUUAAACCCUGGUCCUGCCCUUACAGACCUCUGAAAAGGGAAUGGCCAACCUGAGAUGUCAGAAGAGGCUAGGCUUAGGAGGGUUAGAUCUGUGUCCACACUGUAGAGAAGCCAGGCCAAGACAGUGGUUGUUGGUGACAGAAUUUGGCUGUGACUUGAACAUUGUUUGAAAGAGGCAGCACUGUACUAGUUUGUAUGUGUUACCUGGGCUAAGGCAGCCAUGUGCACGGGCCAACAUACUCGGGUAUCAGAGGGAAACAGCCAAGUGUGGCCCUGUGGUGGGGAGCCUCUGCACUUGUGGUUAGGCAUUCUGGACCAGUUGAGUGUCUUUGGAAAGUAUUUCUUGCAGGUAGUGAGUUAAUCUAGCAUGGCUAAAGUGCAUGAUGAGAUGGAAAUUAAUAGUGUGGUGAUAUAUACUCACAGACUCCCCUGUUGACUAGCUAUUCUAACAGGAAUUGAGAAAUAUUAAAUGUAGAAUAUUAAAUUAAAUACAACUGCAAAAUACACAUA